UAGAAAACAGAGGAGGCCGUUGGGUUGGGACUGCGUUGUGCUUGGUUCGGUCCGUUGUCUCUCCCGCUUUCUGUCUUGCGCUAGAGUAGAAGAAUACAUGUUUAUUUUCACCAUAGAAGAGCAUGUUCCCAAAUUCUUCCAACUUGAGUCGUCCACCCUUCUCUCCAGAGCACCAACAAUACAACUUCUUCAGUAAUCUUCCAGUGAAUAUACCUCCUGUUCUUCUUUUUCACCAGCAAAUUAUAGAUCAUCCCCAAUUCCAAAGUUCAACAGCUCUGGUGAGUGGUAACCUUUCAACUGUCCCUCCUGUUUCACCACCACCACCACCCUUCACCUAUAGAAAUGGCAGUCCAGUGCAUACAUCAGCCGCACCUGCAUCAUUCCGAGGCAGAAAGAGACUCAAAGAGCAAAAUGUGCAUUAUGAAGCGAAGCGCCAGCGAUUUCAUUCACCUCAUUGUGAGUCCACUUCAGCUAGCCAAGCAGUGCCUUUACCAGACGAUCACAGGCGUUCAUUCCCUGGAUCAAUUCCUUCACCAUUACUUCAUACACAUUAUAUCUCAGAUUUGACUGGAUGCGUGCCACCUUUACAAGAAGCUUCAUUUCCUGACCAUAUAGAAACUGCACUCCCUGUGGCCAAAGAUAAGUUAAGUCAGCAAGUACUGGAGCUAUUUCAGUCAUGUCAGCAACAAACCUUUGACUUGAACAAAAAAGAGCGUUGCCGAACACAACUCCAAAGGGAAAUUCAGCAGAUCUUUCCAAACAGUAGACUAUUUUUGGUUGGAUCCUCAUUGAAUGGAUUUGGUACUCGUAGCAGUGACGGAGAUUUGUGCCUAGUGGUUAAGGAGGAGCCAAUGAAUCAGAAGACUGAAGCAAGACACAUACUCAGCUUACUCCAAAAACUCUUCAGUAGGAAACUUUCAAGCUACAUUGAGAGACCUCAACUGAUUCGAGCGAAAGUGCCAAUAGUGAAGUUCAGGGACAAAGUCAGCUGUGUGGAGUUUGACUUGAAUGUAAACAAUGUUGUAGGAAUAAGAAACACAUUCCUUCUCAGAACCUAUGCAUAUAUUGAAAAUCGAGUUCGUCCAUUAGUGCUGGUUGUGAAGAAGUGGGCGAGCUUUCGUGGCAUAAAUGAUGCUAGUCGAGGCACUUUAAGCAGCUAUAGUCUUGUGUUGAUGGUUUUGCACUAUUUACAAACCCUACCUGAACCUAUCCUUCCAUCCCUCCAAAAAAAUUACCCAGAAUCUUUUGCUCCUACUAUGCAGCUGCACCUUGUGCAUCAAGCCCCACGCACCAUUCCUCCUUACCUCUCCAAAAACAACUCGACUCUUGGAGACCUCUUGCUGGGCUUCCUGAAAUACUAUGCUACUGAAUUUGAUUGGAGUGGUCAGAUGAUUUCAGUUCGUGAAGCCAGAGCCAUUCCAAGGCCUGAUGGUAUUGAAUGGAGAAACAAGUUCAUUUGUGUAGAAGAACCUUUUGAUCGAACGAACACUGCUAGAGCAGUACAUGAAAAACAGAAGUUUGACAUCAUCGUAGAUGAAUUUCGAAAGUCAUGGCAACGAUUGAGAGACAGAAGGGAUUUGAACUGUAUACUACCUUUAAGAGCAACUAUUCAGAAAAGAUAACUGGCUUCCAUCUCCUUAACUGGGACAUAAACCCCAAGUGCAGUUUUUCUCCUCCCUCGGCCCUCCACUUUUUUCUCCCUAAGAGGAGAUUUUUCUUUCAGCCUUUUGUCAAGGAGUCUUUUGCAAGAAUGAAGAAAAAUGCAGCCUUUAUAAAAUUCAUUAAAACCAUUUGAAGACUCACCUUUUGAAACUGCUUGAAUCAGUGACCAAUAAAGAGACUGCUGUAAUGCAAAUUUGCAAAUCUAUUGGAGUUUAUUGAUUUAUUGUUAACAUUUGUUGUAGUGGUGAGUCAACCACAGUGAAUAUUAAAAUAUGAAGAUGAUAAAUUAUGUAAUGUGCAACAGCCAUGCUGUAACCUUAAAGAAUAGCACACAGUGCACAUUUCCUGAACAGUAGCCCCUGCUUUGCAACUGUUAAAUGCAAAAUGCACUUUGGCUCUACUUGGCUCUUUUCAGUUUUUAAUCUUCUUGUAACAAGAAAUGGAAAUUUCUUUGCAAAAAUAAUAAGCAGGUCCUAAACAGUGCUAUUAUUCUGCCUCUUCACUGAGAUGAUUAACCCAUGUCUAGACUGUACCACUUCAGAUUGCAGAUGGGGAUUCACAUGACUGAGUGCUCCUACCUACACAACCUGCCCCCUGGACGUAAAAAGUUAGAUGUUUUUGAGAAGUAGUUUUAUGAAGGAGCCCCCUGUAUGCAGUCUGAAAUGGUACACCCUAAACAUAGUUUAUCGCCUCAGUGUGAACUGAUCAAUGUCACAAAUUGUAAUUGCAACUGGAAUUUUUAAGUGGCACAGCUACUACAGGGCAGUCUAGUCUGUGGCAGGACUACACUGCUUGCGACUUGCCAGACUGAACACAAACUGCUGGGAUUUAAUAAACCAUUUGUGUACCCUCCCAGCUGGGGCUGCAAAAAAAAAAAGCAGGAUUGUUAACUACUUUGUAUGCCAUAAUGGACACCUGAAGGGCUCGUUUGGCUGGUGAGUCACAGGCUGUGCUGACUUGGCUUGUGGCAAGCCACUGUCUGUAGUAAAAGCUUAAAUACUACUAAUUUCAGAUCAAGAGGUGGCUUCACACAUGACAGUAAAGCAUGCAGGGGAGGAAGUGCAGGCAAGAGUUGCAAUUCCUCCUACGUUAUUACUAGCAUAUACAAAAAUGUGCAAAGUUGGUACUGUUGCUUGCACACCUUGUCUCUUCCUCUCUCCAGCUCCUGUGGCAGAAUAUCAGUGUAAGGAAGCCUUGCACCUCUUCUACCUGCUGUGUUGUGUGAUAUGAAGCCACCUCAGUCCAAUCCUUUUUCAACAGUUUCUUUUCCAUAUAAAGAAAAAUAGUAAUGAUGACUGCUCAAAAUAGCUGCUACAAUAAGCCAAGUUCUUAUUUUUCUUUCUAUUUUUGUGUAAAUAUUUGUAAAUUGGUCAGCCACUAUAUAAAUUGAGAUUUAAAAAAAUCUUGAAAUUUUAAACCUUUUCUAAGAAUUACAGGACUACUUUUAGAUCUGCUGUAGCACAAUUUGUGCCUCUCCUAUUUAUUGCUGACCAGUUCAUAUGUUAACACAUGUUACUUUUCACUGAUGUCAAACUUCCUUUUCCUCUUUUAAGUUUAAUAUUUUUAUUGUGUCAAAGUGGAAUAAAGUUUCUGUAAAUA